AUGGGUAUUUUAAGGUCAGAAUCCAUGUCCCAUGGGACUCUCGUCCUUCCAAAUGACCGAGCAAGAGAAUAUAUUGAUGUACUUGGGAGAGAAGUAAAUUUGCAGUUUGUAGAUAUGAACUCGAUUACAAUGAAUCGUCAAUAUAAGAAGUAUAUUCAAAGAAUUGAUGAGAUGGAACGUAUUCUUCGUGUGUUAUAUUCUGAGAUUGAAAAACUUCCAGAUGUUAAGGUAUUUAAGGGAAAUUAUGAGAAUUUUUUGGACCAUGAUCAUGUUUACCAACUUGAUAAAGUAGAGGAAUCCCUUCAAAGUUUAUAUGGCCAAUUUAUCAGUUUUAGGGAUAAUAAUGCGGAUUUAAUCAAUCAAAAAAGUUCGGCAAUUGAAGAAUGUGCAGUAGCAAAGGCAGCAAGUCUUUCGUUUGCUCCAAUUUCAAUGUACAAUGGCAGAUCAAAUGGAGACUUUUAUAUGACAAAUGCGGUAGAAAGAGGAGAGGGUGGAAUACAAGGAGGAAAUCCUACUCCAUCAUCACCUCUAAUGAACCCAAGUAUUAUGGAUGGAAUGAACAGUGUUUCUGGAUUUGGAGACAUGAUGUUCAGUAGUAUUGCUGGAGUAGUGAAGCAUGAAGAUCAGGAAAAAUUUGCCAGAGCUCUUUUCAGAGCCACAAGAGGUAACACAUUUACCCACUUUCAAUCGAUUGCUGAAAAUAUCAUAGACCCAAAAACAAGCAAGGAUGUUCAAAAAGUAGUUUUUGUUAUUUACUUCCAAGGUGCAACAACUUCGGCAGUUUAUGAUAAGAUUAGCAGAAUUUGCGAUGCGUUUAAUGUAUCAAUUUAUCCCUGGCCAUCAAGCUAUGAGCACGCUGUUCAGAGAAUUAACGAACUUAAUACUUUAAUCCAAGAUAAGGAGAAGGCACUGCAAGCUUAUGAACAAUACAUUACUCUUGAGAUCGAGACUCUAAUUCAGCCUGUAAACUCGAAUAAUGGAAACUCAUUAAUAGAGGAGUGGAGGCUAUUUUGUAUAAAGGAAAAAUCCAUCUACGCAACAUUGAAUUUAUUUGAAGGAUCAGAUAUUACGUUGAGAGCUGACUGUUGGUAUCCUUUAGAAGAGGAGGAAAAGAUUAGGAAGAUUCUGAUUGCAGAAAGUAGCACUCAGCAUGUUGGAGCGUUUUUACUUACUAAUACGUCAAGCGGAGGCCAUGGAGCAGCUGGAAUUCAUAUUUCUGAGGGUGGCUCUCAUGAUGAUGAGGCAAAUAUAUCCAAUACGCCUCCAACAUAUAUUAAAACCAACGAUUUUACAGUUGCAUUCCAAGAUUUUGUUAAUUCUUAUGGUAUUCCCAGAUACCAAGAGGUUAAUCCAGCCUUAUUUACUUUAGUCUCUUUCCCAUUCCUUUUUGGUAUUAUGUAUGGUGAUGUAGGGCAUGGUUUCAUAGUCUUCUUAAUUGGUUUGGUUUUGGUUUUCAAUUACGGAAAGCUUAAAAAGAUCAACGAUGAAAAUUUGAAAAUUCUUGUUUCUGGUAGAUAUAUGAUUACAAUGAUGGGAUUUUUCGCAACUUAUUGCGGAUUGAUUUACAAUGAUUUCUUUGCUGCUGGUUUAGAUAUCUUUGGGUCCAGAUAUACUCUUUCUCAUGAUAAAUUACCUGAUGGAAGUCAUGUAUUUUUGCCAAAUAACAACUCCACUUCAGUUUCUUUUCCAUAUCCUUUUGGGUUUGACCCAGUUUGGAAAGGAGCGGUCAAUGAAAUGUCAUUUUUGAACAGUUUCAAGAUGAAAUUCUCUGUUAUUAUUGCCUUCUUUCAAAUGACUCUUGGUGUUAUACUUAAAGGUUUUAAUAACUUGUAUUUUAGAAAUUAUGUUGACUUUUUCAUGGAGUUCAUUCCUCAAUUAAUCUUUAUGGUCGGAUUUAUUGGAUACCUUAACUUUUUGAUCUUCUUUAAAUGGUUAACUCCAAUUGAAGGAUACAACAAACCUUCAAUUUUGAAUGCACUGAUUGGUUUGCAGAGCUCUUUAUUUGGAGCUGAUAUUCCACUCAACGAUAGAUUUUACUUAUCGCAGCCAACCGUUCAAAGAUAUAUCACAUUGGCCUUAUUGAUUUCAGUACCUUGGAUGUUCUUCCCUAAACCACUCUAUCUUAUCUACAAGAGUAGAAAACAAAAGAAAGCUAGCAUGGAAGAGUCCAGGCUCAAACAACAGCAUCUCUCAUCAUACUCCUCUGUUUCAAGCAGAUUCACCUCCCUCACCGAUGGCUCCAAGAAAAUUAGUAGGUCAAAGAGCAACCUUCUUUCUGAAGAUGAUCACCAUCUCAUUGCUCACGAGGAAGAAGAAUCAUCUGGGCAUUCUGAUCCAACCGAAAUCUUCAUUCAUCAGCUUAUUGAAACUGUCGAAUUUCUUAUUGGUUCAAUUUCUAACACUGCUUCAUACCUUCGUCUUUGGGCACUUUCUCUUGCACACAAUAUGCUUGCAUUGGUCGCUCUCCAGUUUACUAUUAUGAAGGCUUUAAAUUCAAAACUUCUUAUCGUAAAAGUUGUCCAAUUAUUUAAUUUAUUCUUCAUGUUCUUUGCAUUCACUUCAUUUAUCAUGAUUGUUAUGGACUCACUGGAAUGUUUCUUGCAUGGUCUCCGUCUACAAUGGGUUGAGUUCCAAAACAAAUUUUAUAAGGGAGAUGGUAUUCUUUUUGCCCCUCUUAACCACAUGAGGAUUAUUUUGGAAACUGAAGAGUUGUUAAACUCAUCUUAA